AUGAUUCUCAGCGGACGCGAAAUCGUCACGCGCCAGUUGGUGCGAAACCUGCUACAUGUUGCCCAGCAGCAACAGCCAUGCGGUGUCGACCUUACCCUCUGCCGAGUAUCUCAAUGGACAUCAGCAGCAACGAUAGACUUUGAUAACACUAAGCGCCAGGCGGCCAAAACUCGCGGCUUGCCUUUCGACGACAACACCGGCAACACCAACCAAAAAAUCACAUUACAACCAGGGGCCUACUUGGUCGAUUUUAACGAAAGCGUUCAAAUUCCACGAAACUGCAUGGCAAGCGUUUUCCCUAGAUCGUCCCUGUGGCGUUCCGGUGUAGGGAUCAGUGCUGGUGUGGUCGAUGCCGGAUAUCAAGGCGCUAUGGGGGCUCUCAUGGAGGUGAAGAAUCCCAACGGAGUUGUUCUGUACAAAAAUAGCAAGCUCGCACAGGUUGUGUUUGAACAAAUGGGGGAAACGGUCGAGGGAUAUAAUGGGGUUUAUCAGUCCUCGACAAGCAGCAUUGGACGUGAUGGGAAAUAG